AUGAAGUUCUCCUCAUCCACGAGUACCCUCCUGCUUCGAUACACCUCCGAUCAUGUGGUGCCUCCUGUGGCACAACGCUACCUGGGCUCACCCGUACACCCGAUUCGUCCCAAGAUUGCAUACAUGUACGCGAAUCGCGAUCCAACAACCCUUUGGUGGCGAGUCUCUGUCUCGCAUCUGAACCAGUUCAAACGAACGGUGCGAUCCUGGUGUGCGCGGCGAGCGCGCAUGGCGUUCCAAGAGUCCUUGAAACGACAGGGAUUCGACAGGUUAGGUCGGUCGACGUCUAGCAGCACUUGGAGUCAAAAGCAACCUCUACUCGGGUCUCUGGAGCUCACACUACGUCCUGCUUGUCUCCAUCAAAGUUUCGAGGCCUUGCAGAAAGACACUGACUUUCUCUUGAAAGGCAUCCUCAAGCAUCGAGAGAGGAGCAAUGACCGCAACCAAAAUCGGUAG